AUGCUAUAUCAUACCACUUGGCUCAUUGCGAAGUUGGAUCCUAUUAAAUACAUCUUCGAGAAACCAUCCUUAUCAAGCAGAGUGGCAAGAUGGCAAGUGUUGUUGUUCGAAUAUGAUAUCAUAUAUGUGUCCCAAAAAGCUAUCAAAGGAAGUGCAAUUGCUGAUAUUCUGGCGAAAAGGGUGGAGGAGGAUUAUGAACCCAUGGAGUUUGAGUUCCCAGAUGAGGACCUAAUGUCGGUUUGUCUAACAAGUGAGGAAGAAUCAAAGGAGAAAGAGAAUUGGAAGAUAUUUUUAGAUGGAGCUUCGAAUGCCUUGGGGCAUGGCAUAGGGGCCGUGUUAGUGUCACCAGAAGAAGAUCAUUAUCCCGUCAUAGCUAAACUCAACUUCUAUUGCACCAAUAAUGUGGCUGAAUAUGAAACUUGUGUCAUGGGUCUUCAGGCAGUAAUCGAGAGGAAAAUUCACAUUUUGGAAGUGUAUGGGGGUUCUGCUUUGGUUAUUUAUCAGUUGCGAGGAGAAUGGGAGACACGUGACUCAAAGUUAAUCCGGUAUCAUAAGUAUGUUUCAAAACUGAUUGAAAAUUUUGAUAAGAUUUGCUUCACCCAUUUGCCCCGAGAGGAGAACCAAAUGGCUGAUGCAUUAGCCACGUUGGCAGCAAUGUUCAAAGUUGAGGAAGAAGUAGACGAGAAACCGUGGUACCAUGAUAUUGUGCAUUAUCUCAAGUUUCAGCAAUAUUCGGAGCAAAGCUCAGAAAAUGAUAAGAAAACCAUUAGAAAGUUGACAAUGAAUUUCUUCUUGGAUGGGGACAUCUUAUACAAGAGGAGUAGGAAUCAAGUGCUUUUGAGAUAUGUGGAUUUAGCCGAAGCUCAAAAAAUAGUUGAGGAAGUUCACGAGGGAAUUUGUGGGGCACAUGCAAGUGGGCAUAUGUUGGCAAAACAGGUCAUGAGAGUAGGGUAUUACUGGCUCACGUUGGAAACGGAUUAUAUAGAUUUCGCUCGAAAGUGUAACAAGUGUCAGAUAUACGCAGACAGAAUCCUUACUCCUGCAAAUUCACUGAAUGUAUUGACAUCACCAUGGCCAUUCUCAAUGUUGGGCAUGGAUGUGAUUGGGUUAAUAACCCCGAAGGCAUCAAAUGGGCAUCAGUUUAUUCUGGUGGCAAUCGACUACUUCACUAAGUGGGUAGAAGCAACAUCUUAUGCUAAUGUGACCUAG